AUGAACCAAAACGAUAUCGCUUGGGUCAUGGCUUUCCUCUGUGAAUCUUGUUUCUCUUUCAUGUGGCUGCUUGUUACCAACGUAACAUGGAGUCCUGCUGAACAUAAACCUUAUCCAGAUAGACUUGAUGAAAGGGUUCAUGACCUUCCUUCCUUAGAUAUGUUUGUAUCCACGGCGGAUCCGGUCAGGGAGCCACCGAUUAUUGUUGUGAACACCGUGCUUUCGCUGUUAGCUGUCAACUAUCCGCCGAAUAAACUAGCUUGCUAUGUGUCGGACGAUGGAUGCUCACCUCUCACUUACUUCUCUCUCAAGGAAGCUUUCAAGUUCGCCAAAAUUUGGGUUCCUUUCUGCAAGAAAUACAACGUUGGAGUUAGAGCUCCAUUUAAAUAUUUCUUGAGCCCUGUAGUCUCAUCAGAGGAUUCUGAAUUCAGUAACGAUUGGAACAUGAUGAAGAGGGAGUACGAGAAUUUAAGCCAGAAAGUGGAAGAUGCCACCGGAGAUUCCCAUUGGUUUGAUGCAGACGAUGAUUUUGAAGCUUUCUCAAACACAAAACCAACCGAUCAUUCAACUAUUGUUAAGGUGAUAUGGGAGAACAAGGGUGGUGUAGGAAACGAGCAAGAGGUCCCUCCUUUUGUAUACAUUUCAAGAGAGAAGCAACCAAGUUAUGUUCACCAUUAUAAAGCCGGCGCCAUGAACUUUCUGGUAAGAGUGUCGGGGUUGAUGACAAAUGCGCCGUACAUGCUGGAUGUCGACUGUGACAUGUAUGCAACUGAUGCAGAUGCGGUGCGAAAAGCAAUGUGCAUAUUUUUGGAGGAAUCAAUGAACCCAAAUCAUUGUGCUUUUGUUCAAUAUGUGUGUGACUCUAAGGCUGAAGGAUUUAACCUCUUGCAAUCGUUUUUGGAACGAGGAGUUGCGGGAAUCCAGGGAUCGGUUUAUACAGGGUCCGGAUGCUUCCACACCAGAAGAGUUAUGUACGGCUUAUAUCCGGACGAUGUAGAAGACAAUGGAAGUCUUUCUUCAGUUGCUACAAGGAAACUUUCCGCAGAGAAGACUUUAGCGGAAAUGUUUGGAAUUUCCAAAGAGUUAGUGAAAUCGGCGGCCAGAGCAUUGCAAAGAAAAGCAAAUCCUCAAAACAACUUUACAAACUCCAUAGAAGCGGCCACAGAAGUUGGAAAUAUUCAUUAUGAAUAUCAAACUAGUUGGGGCAAAACGAUCGGUUGGUUAUACGAUUCAAUUUUAGAGGAUGUGAACACGUGUAUCGCAAUACAUUCGAGAGGAUGGACUAGCUCACUCAUAUCUUCGGAUCCACCAUCGUUUAAAGGUUGUAUGCCGCCUAUAGGACCGGAGGCGAUGCUCCAGAAGCAGCGAUUUUCGACGGGCGCGCUCGAAAUCUUCUUCAACAAACAAAGUCCAUUGAUUGGAAUGUUUCAACAAAAAAUAAGAUUACGACAGUGGCUUGUUUAUCUCUCCAUUACCAUGUCGAGUUUAGGUUCACUACCUAUGCUCUUUUAUUGUCUCUUGCCCGCUUAUUGCUUACUCCACGACUCUACCUUAUUUCCCAAGGGACUUUGGUUAGGUAUAAAUCUCACAUUUGUGGGGAUGCAUUGUAUUUACACUCUAUGGAAAUUUAUGCGGCCUGGUUUGUCCGUGGAUUUUUGGUAUCCCAGCUUUUGUGGUUCGUUAUUUAGCAUCUUUGAUAUCACACUCAAGCUUCUUGGAAUCUCAAAAACCGUGUUUGUAGUCACCAAAAAGACCGUGCCUGCUACUAAGUUAGGAUCCAAAGACGGACCACCUCAACGGGGAGAUGAUAGUCAAGUCGAUGACACGCUUUAUUUACUGCCCGCCACAUUUAUUUUGUUGGUCAAUGUAGCCGCUCUAGCGGAUUAUUUGGUGGGCCAACAACUAUGGAGUCAUAGUGACCAAAGAGGUGGUUCGGGUUUGGCAGAAGCUUCUGGAUGUACUUUUGUGGCUAUGUUGUUCCUACCAGUUCUCAAGGGACGCGUGCUAGCCGCUCCUAAAGCACGUGACCGCCGCUUUAAGCCUCUCUCUCUCUCUCUCUCUCUCUCUCUCUCUCUGCUUCACUCGAUGGCUCCUUCUGCGCAGUCGCCUCUUCUUACAAGUGAAGGAGAUGAAAAAUACGCGAAUGUGAAAUGGGAAGAGCUUGGAUUCGCUCUGACUCCGACAGAUUAUAUGUAUGUGGCGAAAUGCAAACAAGGAGAGAGUUUUUCACAAGGGAAGGUUGUUCCUCUAUGGUGA